AUGGCUAUCCUACAAGGCUUGACGAAGUCACAGUUGGACAAGGCCUUAGAUGCCGGCCUCGAAGAGGACACACCCGUAGAAGAAUUGUGCCGGCAGUCGGGGCAUUUGCUGAAGUCGAGGAUAUCCAAAGGAGCGGCACUGGACCAGAUGUACGCACGCUGUAUACUACCGGCCGAAACACUUAACGAGUAUGCAGCGGAACUACGGCGUCUCUGCAGAGCAGCCUAUCCCUCAGUCUCCGAGACGGACUGUCAUUACGCAGCCCUACACUUUUCUGUUAAGAAUCUGAACCCAAUGGAGCUGGGUCGUGCCCUACUCCUCCACCCACCCCAGAAUUUACAAGAAGCGGUGAACCGAGUAGAACACUACUCAGAGGUACCACAGUUAGGAAAACCGCCUGCUCAACUAGUCCACCCAAUUGCCCCGAAAAAUCUAAUACGUGGACCACAGGGCAACAAAUGGCGCCGGUUCAGCUAUAACCAGCCAAACCGGUCCGCACCAUUCCAGCGGCCACAGUAUCGCAGACGAGGAGGUUAUGAUCGGUUCCUUGAUCCGCAAAUCUGUGCUUGCAACAACCUGCGAACAUUUCGUUCUGCGAGCAGACCGCACCGGGUACCAUGCUUCGAUCCUGGCUGCGAACUACCCGGACUUGAAAUUGUGCACAGC